GACUCGUUUAGUAAUGCAUAUAUAGAGCGUCGAUUCAUUGUAUACUAUAUGGCCUUGGGUGUGCUGCUGGACACGAACUUUCAUAACAAACUUCAAAUGCCUUUGGAAAGUUUUCAUUGAAAAACGACGCAAAGAAACUAUAACGAGAAAAAUUUCAAAAUAAAAACGAAUUUUCAAGGUGUCCGAAUUCAUAAAAGGCAAAGAAAAAUGACUAGUGAUUCGAACACUUUAUCGCCUUCAAAAAACACGUUGACGCAACAACUCGAAGAAUUUUCUGGCUACACUACRUUACAUGGUCUUCACUUUGUCUUUGGAUCUGACGGUGCAGUUCGUCGGCUUGUCUGGUUUGUCUUAGUCCUCGCUGGUUUGGGCUUUUGYAUAAAGCAAUUAAUUGUAAGCUUUGACAGGCUUCGCGAUCAUGAAAGUGUUAUCAGCAAAGCUAUCAUUCCUUCAAGACAACUCACCUUUCCUGCAGUCACCAUAUGCAAUAUAAACAUGAUGAAGAAGUCCUUAAUUGAAGGCAAAGAUGCACAAGUCUACAUGGAUAACCUGAAUACUUUGCGCAGCAUAGAAAUUCACCCGAAGAAAACACUGGAUAGAAAUUUCGACCUUAAGAAAGCUGUGGAGAAAUAUGGUCAUACAGCACAAGACAUGAUAAGGACGUGCAAUUGGAAUGGCAAAAACUGCAGCUAUCUCAACUUUACUACAUCAUUUUCACAUCGGUAYGGCCUUUGCCAUACAUUCAAUUCAAGACAUGAUGGGGAGGCACUUCUCUCAACUUCUAAUGAACGUAGUCUUGGGCUUGUUCUGAUUMUCGAUCCCAAAGKCAGCGAAUACUAUGGGAUGUUAAGCUACUUUAAYACUGGUGUACGGGUGGUAGUUCACGAUCAACACGAAGAGCCGCUGAUAGAGGGUAAUGGSAUCGAUGUAAUGGCAGGUCACAUGACCACAAUUUCAUUUCAAAAGAGAGAAAGCAACAUUCUUAAGGCUCCUUACCCUUCAGCCUGCGGGAGCAAAAAACUAAAGACUUCCAAGUUUUAUGCCCAAAGCACUUGCUUGAUGGAAUGUCAUGCGCGUAAAAUAAUUAGAAGUUGUGGAUGUAGAUUUCUGGGAAUGCCGGGCUUAACAAAUUCAAAGUACUGCAGCCCAGAGGAAAUGAAGAAAUGUGGAAUAUAUGACAAUAACAACAAUAAUGAAACUAGCAGCAGCGCCAAAGAGAACGUUCAAAAAUUUUUAACAUUGCUAAAUUUUGGUUUUCUGCAUUCAGUCAAUCCUGUUGAAUGUGGCUGUCCAACACCCUGCAAAGAAAUAAAGUACCCAACGCGGGUCGACAUCACCAACUUUAUCUCGGAGUCUUUUGUGAGAGAUUCUUCUGAUGACUUAGUUGAUCUAUUAUUAUUGAUGAUUGCUCAACGAUCUAAUGUGACGGUUAACACCAGCGUUAUACACAAUGYAAGGAAGGAAGUAAACAAAAUUUUAGCAGAGGCAAGUAAGUACCUUCUUCAUCUGUCGGUUCAUUAUAAGGAUCUCAACACUUACGUGACGACAGAGAGACCUUCCUACGAUAUCAACAUGUUUGGAGCGGAUGUUGGUGGUUACGUUGGAUUGUUCCUGGGUUGCAGUGUGCUCACUGUGUUUGAGUUCAUCGAUUUUAUUAUUGUCUUUUGCUUCAAAAAACGUCGAGAAAUUAAGAACUACACAAUAAAUAAAGCCUCUGCUCCAAGAAAUAAUGGAAAAGCCUACGACGAAGAGAAGGAGAUUGGCUUGUGAACAAUACCUAUAGAUGUGCAGUGCCUGGAACAUUGGAAGAACACGUUUAUUCAAAGAAUGUUUAUGAAAAAAUGCAAAAUCACUGGACAGAAUAUUUAAACACUGUCGAUUCUAUUUUUAAGCUCACCUGUAUGUAAUAUAUACAAUAUGAGCGGGCGAUCUGUAUGCGGAUUUAAAACAGCGAGCUGAAAGCRAGCUGUU